AUGACUAAGCUCUUCAAGGAAGGUCCUGCGACGAUCUCCUCCCACCCCACUCACCGGCAGGGUCACAAGCUGAAACUAGUGAACACCGCCGGCGAGAUGUUCCAGUGCGACGGCUGCAUGGAACGCGGCCACGGCCCCAGGUACCGGUGCGAGCCGUGCAACUUCGACCUGCACACGUGCUGCGCGCUGGCGCCGGAGGCCAUGGAGCACCACCGCCUCUUCCCCGGCUGCAGGUUCGUCCUCCUGCGGGAGCCCCUGGCCGCGGCCACCGCCAACGCCCGCGGGACGCUCUGCGACGCCUGCGGCGACCGCUUGCACGCGCGCGGCCUGGUCUACCACUGCGCUGACCGUGACCUCGACCUCCACCCGACGUGCGCGUCCCUGCCGGCGCAGUUCACCGUCGGCGACCACCGCUUCGAGCUCGCCAAGGAGUCGUCCAGACGGUGCGGCCGGUGCCGGGAGAAGUGCCGCGAGUUCUGGUUCUACCGGUCCCACGUCGACGGCGAGCCGCUGCACCUUCACGUCUCGUGCCUCAAGACCAUGCAGGCUCUCCCGAGCAGCUCGCAGAACUUCGCCGUCGCCGACGGCGAGAUCAUGCAGGUGGUGAGCUCGCCGGCAAUGCAGGGCCUCCUGCAGAGCCUGCCCAAGAGGAAGACGAAUGGCCGCAGUGGCCUGGAGCGGUUCUUGACGAUCGUCGCCGGCGCCAUACGCGUCAUCAUCGCUCUCAUCUUCGGUGAUCCCACAGCCAUGAUUGUAGCGGUGGCAGGCGCGAUCCUCAACUCCUAAGGUUGCGAACCCUAAACCAUGGAUAUGGCUUAUGAGUUAAGCACUACAAUAAUGAACUUUUGUUUGAAGCCACACUAAAAAUGUCAUUCUGAAUAAAUUGUAGAGUUCUGCAAGUUAAAAAUUUAGGGUGUGUAUGAACAUAUGGUGAGUUAAUUUUUUUCUGCAGCAUGCGUGUGAAGUUAUGUUU